AUGUCAACGGGCUCAAAAAUAACAAACUUCGCACAUCGAACACUUGUGGUUUCAUUAUUUGGACUCGCGAUAUGGUCAGGAUACGGGUCAAUUGUGUUACUUAACGAAAGGUUAGAACGUAAACGACAACGUCAACAACUGGCAACAGCUCAAUUAGGAGGAGAGGCAUCUUCACAAGAGGCAAACAUAAUAAAUGAUAAUAACGAACCAUAG